AUGCAAUGGAAAAGAUGCCACUGCCGUUCAUACAGCAAAUACCUCUUCUGUUUCCUCUCAUUUCUGGUAGUGCUGCUCUUCUUGGGUCAACAAAAAUAUCAGCCCACUGUCAGAGAGAGACUGCAGUUAAUACACCAUCCUGUGUUGUUUUGGGGUGAUGAACUAAACACCACAAAAACCAAACGAAACAUGAGCCUGCAAAUGUCAGCAAUGACAUCUAAUUCUCAGACCACUGUUGCCAAAAUCAGCUCACAGGAGAAGAAGGUUGCCCCCUCACCUCAAGGAUUGCCCAGUGUUCAGACCACUUUUGCAGCUAGUGCGGAAGGAGAACUCAGAGGCAAUAUUACCUAUGGGCCUUACGCUUAUAUCAUCAAUGAGCCUGAAAAAUGUUCACAGAGCAGACAGGCACCAUUUCUGGUGUUGCUGAUAACCACAGAGGCUCAGCAAGUGGAGGCAAGAAAUGUCAUUCGACAGGCAUGGGGAAACGAGAGCGUGGCACCAGGAUUUUUCCAUCUGUUUCUGCUUGGAAUUAAUUACAGAGCGCUGGGAGUAACAACGCAGAAGAUGCUUGAAGCAGAGAGUAACAGGCAUCAUGAUAUCAUCCAGCAGGACUUCAGCGAUACCUACAACAACCUGACCAUUAAGACAUUGAUGGGAUUGAACUGGGUUGCAUUACACUGUCCACAAGUCAGCUAUGUUAUGAAGACAGACAGCGACAUGUUCGUCAACACUGAGUACCUCAUUCACAGUGUACUCCAGCCAAAAAUGAAGCCCAAGACAGAUUACUUCACAGGCCAUAUUUUGGAAAACCAAACACCAUUCCGAGACAAAAACAAUAAAUGGUACAUGCCCUCUGAGCUGUACCCUGGUAACAGGUAUCCCACCUUCUGCUCUGGGACUGGUUAUGUCUUCUCAGGAGACUUGGCAACAAAACUCUAUCAAGCAUCAAUGAAUAUUCCUCACAUUCAUCUGGAAGAUGUGUAUGUGGGAUUAUGUCUGGCCAAGCUUGGUGUAAAGCCCACUCCUCCACCCAGUCCAGUCCUAUUCCACAACUGGCGGGUGUCUUAUUCCAGCUGCAGGUACAGCCGCCUCGUAACAUCACAUGGCUUUCAUCCUGAUGAAAUACUCAAAUACUGGCGUCUCUUGCAAAGCACUAAACACAAUGCAUGCAACAUCACAACGUAA